AUGCCUCCUAUACCUUCACCCCCAGCCCUGCCCAGGAUCAUCACCUACUACCAAACCCACCACAGCCCAGACGGCAAGCCCAUCUCGGCCCUCCCGCUGCUGACCCAGCCGGGCAUCCGCCUAACCCACCUCAUCCUGGCCGCCAUCCACAUCAACGGCGACCCGCACGGCAUCACGCUCAACGACCACCCGCCCUCGCACCCGCGCUUCCACACCCUGUGGGCCGAGCUGCGCGUCCUGCAGGCCAGCGGCGUGCGCGUGCUGGGCAUGCUGGGCGGCGCCGCCAAGGGCACCUACGCGCCCGACCGCCUCGGCGCCGACGACGACGCCACCUUCGAGCGCUACUACGCGCCGUUGCGGGACCUGGUGCGCGAGCGCGGACUCGACGGCCUGGACCUCGACGUCGAGGAGGACAUGAGCCUCGGCGCCGCCGUCAGGCUCAUCGACCGCCUCAGGGCCGACUUUGGCCCGGACUUCAUCAUCACGCUCGCGCCGGUCGCGGCUGCGCUGCUGGAUUACAGGAAGAACCUCAGUGGGUUUGACUAUGAGGCUUUGGAGGUCAUGAAGGGCCGGGAGAUUGCGUGGUAUAAUUGCCAGUUUUACUGCGGAUGGGGCGAUUGCUCCAACCCAAUCAUGUACGAGAUGCUGCUCAUGAAGGGCUGGGCCCCAGAGAAGAUCGUCGUCGGCCUCGUUACGAACCCGGAGAACGGCGGCGGCUUUAUCCCCUUCGACAUCCUGGCCUCGGUCAUACCGCUCAUGGUCGGCCAGCACGCCCGGUUCGGUGGCGUUAUGGGCUGGGAGUACUUCAACAGCCUGCCGGGCGGGCGCGACCGGCCCUGGGAGUGGGCGCAGUGGAUGACCCGCGUGCUGAGGGGUGACAGGACAAUGGCACCUGAGGUCGUGAUGCCCGUCGGCAAGGUCGACGCGCCGCCUGUGGGGGGCACUACUCCUGGCCAAGAUGAAGGCGUCGCGGACCCUGAUGAUAGCAGAGGCAAGGAGGCACCGCUUCCUGCUGCGUUCGAUUACUACUCGGAUGGGUCACUCGAUGAGUGA